CUUACGCUGCCCCCCUGCUUCAUGUCAGCUUUUACCAGACUUCUUGCUGUUUGCUGAAGCCGCUGAUCAAUGUGCAGUAAUUUAGAGACCUUCAUGGUGAAUGCUAUACUUUCUAGUAAUCCAGGAUUGUGGGUUUGUCAAGAAUUUUAUAGAAGGCUUUGAGAAUUCUCUGUAUGAACGUCUUAACGCAUUAUUGAGCCUACAACGUAUUUUUUAAUGGCAGUACAUUUUUGCGAGACGUAUGAUCUCCAUGUGAUCGUUUUCUUUGGGUCUGUUUUGGACUGGGUGGUGUGGGGGGCACCCUGUAGCGGUGCGCCUCCUGACCACCCACCCAACCAUCAGACACGCGCUUCAGCUUCAACACCCAAGCCUGGGUACUGCCCACAGGAAGGAAGCCUCACCCGUCUCAACGAAAGUGUGAAAGGUAGCUAUGGACGUGGAGGCGAGGCUGAACCGCUGCUCUCUGCUGACUGGCCCACCGUCUCCACCAUGCUGAGCGAUGCCUCCACCCUCGCCUACUUCGCGCUGGAGGUGACCAUCGCCGCGCUGGCCGUGCUGGGGAAUGCACUGGUCUGCUGGGCUGUGCGCAUCAACAGCAACUUGCAGAGCGUCACCAACUUCUUCGUGGUGUCGCUGGCGGCGGCCGACAUCGCCGUGGGCGUGCUGGCCGUACCCUUCGCCAUCGCCAUCAGCACCGGCUUCUGCGCCCACUUCUACGGCUGCCUCUUCAUCGCUUGCUUCGUGCUCGUCCUCACGCAGAGCUCCAUCUUCAGCCUGCUGGCCAUCGCCAUCGACCGCUACAUCGCCAUCAAGAUGCCGCUGCGAUACAGCACUCUGGUGACAUGCAAACGGGCUAAGGAGAUCAUCGCUGUGUGUUGGGUGUUGUCCGUAGUCAUCGGCUUGACACCCAUGUUGGGCUGGCACAAGUGCUCCAGUGCGACCAACAGCAGCUGUCCCACAGGCACUGUGACAUGCCUGUUUGAGGGGGUGGUCACCAUGGACUACAUGGUGUACUUCAACUUCUUCGCCUUUGUGCUGGUGCCCCUUCUGCUCAUGCUAGCCAUCUACCUUUGCAUCUUCAUGGCUGCUCGACGACAGCUCAAGUGGAUGGAGCUCAAGCGGCCCAAUCCGCUGGGGGAGAAGCCGUACUCCACCUUACAAAAGGAGGUUCACGCUGCCAAGUCUCUGGCCAUCAUCGUGGGGCUGUUUGCGAUCUGCUGGCUGCCUCUACAUGUCAUCAACUGCUUCACUCUCUUUUGCCCUGAAUGUGCAAGACCCCACCCGAGCAUCAUGUACCUGGCCAUCGUGCUCUCGCACGCCAACUCGGUGGUCAACCCCCUGAUCUACGCCUACCGAAUCCGGGAAUUCCGGCACACCUUCCAUAGGAUCAUCCGGCGACACCUAUUGGGCCGUCGCGCGGCCCGAAUGACCGGCAGCAACAGGGCCAGCUGGCGGACCUCCACCAAAGCCAGCAUGACAGAAGGGGGCGGUGCUAGGAGCGGGGGCGCAAGUGGCGGCGCUACGACAGAGACUAAUGGCUUCCUCUUGAACUCAGGAUCUAACUGUGGCAGCACAGACCUUCGGGGGAGCUUCCUAGACCUCGGCUGCUGGAAACCCCCAGGACUCUACCCAAGCAGCUGCCUGGUGGAGGCUCCACAGGGCAGCCAGCUGAGGCAGCUACCCAGUGAGGCAAAGCAACCCCCCUGGAGAGGGGACCAGCACACCUCAUGUGUGACAGACAUUGAGGGGACUCUUAGCACUGCCAUGAAACCCACAUUCGAAAGAUGAGCUGUACAUAGCUGACUGUAUUUAUUGGCUUUGAAGAUGCAAAUUAUUUGAAAAUGGAAACCAAAAAAAAACCUUAAAGCCCCAGUUGUACUGUGUGCCGUUCGGUUCCAGGUGUACAUACGAUAGGUUGGCGCUCAUCAUCGGCUGAGAGCGAGUGCUACAUCUUUGUUUAUCAGGGAACAUUGGGACCCAUCUGGGGUCCUGUGGAGGCAGUAGCAAUCAGGGGGAGAAUGUCUCAACACCCAGACAAAGACAGGAAAUCGAACUAUUUCGAGUCGUAUGAGGACGACCCAAAUCCUGAAGAUGGUUUGCUUCAGUUGAAUAGAAUCCCAUGAGAAGGAGUCAAGUCGCUGUUAUGUUGAUUCAUUCCUGCCGUUCUUUAAUUCACUGUCCUCUGUAUAUUUAAUCUCCUGUCCCAGUAACUGUGAGUAGACCCCACCACCCAUGCUCUGCCUAUCCUCUUAUCACUCCCACAAAAACACAACAUCUCUUUAUAGUUCUCACCAAAUUAACUGUAUUGUUUCCCCAGUUUGGCUGUUGUUGACCACAUCCCACCUACCUGUGUUACCUUGAACAGGCCAGACCCCACAUAAACAUAAAGCUCUGCACAAGUUUUCUCUCAAGACACUCCUUCAAGUCUCCAAGUCGAGCUUUCAUCUUUUGGGAAAGGCUAGAAGUCCGUUACCAGCAGAGUUUGGUAAUUCAGGUCCAGAAAGUAAAAAGUUCAGACCAAGAUUUUGUUUCAACCAACUAGUUGAGCAUAAAGAGUCACAGUCACAGAGUCACAGUCACAGAGGACUCAGCUGGUUGGUUGAAACAGAAUCCCGGUCUGGACUUUCCCUGGACCUGAAUUACCCAACUCUGGUUACCAGUUUAAAUAUCUAAAUACGUGACAUAACCUUGAUAUAAGUGUGCAAAUAUUAACUGGUGUCUAAAACAUACAUUUACUGGUGGCUUAAAGUGUCGACUACUUUCAUGAAUUCUGAACUGAUUAUUUGAAAUAGAUUCUUUGUAUGAAACAAUGGAAACAGAAGUGGGGCAUUUAACUUUUGUUGAAAGAUUGUUUUAGGCUGCAAUAGAUACUAUUCAUAAAGUAAAAUGCACUGUUUAAUAAUUUCAUUGAAUAUUAGUUUGUUCAAAAUAAUAAACUGAUCUAUUGAAAGAAUUCACAGCGGGUCAACAUUGUGGCGUAGAAUGAUGUAAAUGCAUUGUAUUCAGUUCCGCCAACAAUAUUACUAGCUUAAUUACUCAAUUAAGAGUAAGAAAAAGAUUCAUCAGCAGACACAAUGUGCCUCAAUUACCAAAGUUGAAAAUAACCAAUGUGAAGGACCAUUCAGAAGAUCCCCAUUCCUGUGUCACUAAGGUCACCAUGGUUGCCAUGAACCUUUCGAUGUCCUCUGGGAUCUUAUUUGUGUCUUAGAGAUUUACUUCAUAUUUGCAAUAAUAUUUAUUUCGCCCUGCUCUGUUUUGCUCACGUCACAACUGACCUACAUUUAAGUGGAAUUCUGUUCAGCCUGGUUGACUUUGUCACCAGGAGUUCCUAAAUAAAUACGUCUGAGUGCA